GCUAGCCGGUCAAAAAUGGCUUCUCAACAGCAACAACCUGGCGUUUCGAUGUCUCAAGCCGGACUACAACAGUCUGCUUCAUUACAACAACAGCAGCAGCAGCAGUUGAGUCAACAGCAAGACUUUGACCCCGUUCAUAGAUUUAAGAUGCUUAUACCACAGCUGAAAGAAAGCCUACAGAAUUUAAUGAAGAUUGCAUCCCUGAAUUUGGCCCACAAUACGUCAAUAGACAACGGCAUGUUCAGCAAAAGUAGCGACACCACCGUUCAGCGCUUUGACAAAAGCCUGGAGGAGUUUUAUGCCCUGUGCGAUCAGCUGGAGCUGUGCUUGCGGCUGGCGUAUGAGUGCCUCUCCCAGAGCAUCGACAGUGCCAAACAUUCACCCAACCUGGUUCCAACAGCCACCAAGCCAGACACAGUGCAGACAGAGUCCAUGUCUUAUGCCCAGUACCUCUGCAUGAUCAAAUCUCAGAUCUCCUGUGCCAAAGAUAUCCACAACGCUCUGCUGGAGUGUUCCAAGAAGAUUGCAGGAAAAGGACAACCUCAGGGAAUCAUGUAGUCCUGGACUCACUAACCCGACUCUUUAUGCAUCCGCUGGCUUUUUGGAAUUUCAUAUUUGCUGUUCAUUUCUCAAGAUCCUGUGUAUUUAGUUGUUUUUUAAAAAAUAAUUUAUGUUCCUUGUAAACGCUGUGUAAAUAUUCUUGACAAACAGUCAUGAUCUAAAAUGACCAGCAGGUGGUGGCAAAGUUGUAAUUGCCAACUCAAAACUCACAAGUCUUUUGUAGCUUAUUUGUAUUGACUAUUAAAAUCUUUCUACUGA